AUGUCAGAUCUCGCAGUCGAGCUGACGGCGCCGAACGGCGUCAAAUACACCCAGCCAAUCGGCCUGUUCAUCAACAACGAAUGGGUCAGGUCGAAGAAAGGCGAGAAGUUCGCGUCCAUCAACCCAACCGACGAGAGUGAGAUCGUCUCGGUCUAUGCUGCCGACCCGGAAGACGUCGAUGAUGCGGUCGCCGCGGCAAGGAAGGCGUUCAAGGAUCCGUCAUGGCGGGAUAUGUCGACGACGGAUCGGGCAGACCUGAUGUUUAAGCUGGCGAGCUUGAUUGAAGAGCAUAAGGAGACGCUGGCCACGAUUGAGACGUGGGAUAAUGGCAAACCGUACACUGUUGCGAGAGAUGAGGAUCUGGGUGAGGUGAUUGGGUGCUUCAAGUACUAUGCUGGAUGGGCGGAUAAGGUGCAUGGCCAGGUGAUUGACACUUCUCCGGCGAAGCUGGCAUAUACGAUAAGGGAGCCGCUGGGCGUGUGUGGACAGAUCAUCCCAUGGAACUAUCCUUUGGCCAUGGCAGCGUGGAAACUUGGCCCUGCCUUAUGUUGCGGAAACACGGUGGUCCUGAAGGCCGCCGAACAGACUCCUUUGUCCAUCCUCUACUUCGCCAACCUUGUCAAAGAAGCUGGAUUCCCCCCAGGCGUCGUCAACAUCCUCAACGGCCACGGCCGCGUCGCCGGCCACGCAAUCGCCUCCCAUCUCGGCAUUGACAAGAUCGCCUUCACCGGCUCGACUGCCACGGGCCGCGAAAUCAUGAAAACUGCCGCCAUCAACCUCAAGAACAUCACCCUCGAAACCGGCGGCAAAUCCCCCCUCCUCGUCUUUGACGACGCCGACCUCGACCAGGCCGUCAAGUGGGCCCACAUCGGCAUCAUGAGCAACAUGGGGCAGAUCUGCACCGCCACGUCGCGCGUGCUCGUGCAGGAGGGCGUGUAUGAGAAAUUCGUCGAGACAUUCAAGGCGCAAGUGAAGACAACGAGCAAGGUGGGCGAUCCUUUCGCCGACGACACGUUCCAGGGGCCGCAGGUCACCCGGGCGCAAUACGACCGCAUCCUCUCGUACAUCGAGACGGGCAAGUCCGAGGGCGCGACGCUUGUGGCGGGUGGCACGGCACACAAGAACGUGGGCGCGGGCAAGGGGUUCUUUAUCGAACCGACCGUCUUCACCAACGUCACGGACGACAUGAAGAUCUACCGCGACGAGAUAUUCGGGCCGUUCGUGGUGAUUUCGUCGUUUAAGACGGAGGAGGAGGCGUUGGAGCGGGCGAACGAUACGACGUACGGGUUGGGGAGCGCGGUGUUCACGCGGGACAUCACGCGCGGGCAUCGGGUGGCGAGAAGGAUCGAGGCGGGGAUGGUGUGGAUUAAUUCGAGCAAUGAUUCGGAUAUUCAUGUGCCGUUUGGGGGGGUGAAGAUGAGCGGGGUGGGGAGGGAACUGGGGGAGGCGGGGUUGGAUGCGUAUACGAAUAAGAAGGCGGUGCAUGUUAAUCUGGGGACGAUUCUAUAA